AUGCUGAGGGCAAGGGUGCUGGAGGAAGCCUUGAAUGCCGAUUUGAUAAAGGUGAGACCUUCCUGGUCAUCACCUAAAGCAGAUGGAACUAAACAUUGCACCUAUCACCUAAACAUAGGGCAUAACACCGAGGACUGCACGGUGUUGAAGGAUAAGGUGGAAGAAUUGAUCCGAGCGGGUCAUCUAAGGAGAUUUGUCAAGGAGGAACGAAAGGUGAGAAGUCCACCCAGAAGGUCUAGGGUGGAGAGAAGUGACAGGAGAGAGGACAGGCGUCCCGACCGCAGGCGGAGUAGAAGUCGCAGCCAUGACCGAUCGCUGCGGGGAACGAUAAACACCAUCUCGGGUGGAUUUGCGGGAGGGUCAUUGGCAUCCGCAAGGAAGAGAAACCUGAGGGAGCUCAAAAGCGUCCACAUGGUAGAUGUGAGAAAGCGCUCUAUGCCGCCAAUCACGUUUACGGAUGAGGAUUUCCACGCUCCCGAUCCAAAUGAGGAUGAGCCGAUGGUGAUAACGGUAGUUAUUGCCCGAUAUAGCGUGGGAAAGGUGUUGGUGGACCAGGGCAGCUCUGUUAACAUUUUGUACUGGAAAACAUUCCAACAGAUGGACAUAUCCGAAGAUCUGAUCGCUCCCUACAACGAGCAGAUAGUAGGAUUUUCGUGGGAGAGAGUAGACACCAGAGGAUAUGUGGAUCUCAGAACAUGCCUGGGAACCGAGCGGAGCAAGGAGGUGAAAACCAGGUUCUUGCUGGUGGAUGCGAACACUUCCUAUAAUGUGUUGUUAGGACGACCAUGUCUGAACGCAUUUGGGGCAAUUGUUUCCACACCCCAUCUUACGCUUAAGUUUCUGCUGGAUAGUGGAAGUAUCUGUACCGUUCGGUCCGAUCAGAGGAUCGCGCGAGAAUGUUAUAUGGCGGGGUUAAAGGUUCAGCCAUCGUCAUCAGAUCGACCCAGCCGGCAGAGGAGAAGACGAUCGGAGGUAGCCAUGACAGACUUAUAUCCAAGGACUAAUACUGACGAUCGGAUAGAACCGAUGGGAGAGACAAAGCCCUUCGGCCUCGGGCAGAAGGAAGAGCAAGUGACGACCAUCGGGAGUGAGUUGGAGGAGGAUUAG